AUGGCCGCCAUCUUGGGGUACCUGGUGGUUGAGACGCUGCCUUUCAGCACCUUCCUUGCGCUGAAGGACACCGGCGAGGAUUACAGCCUGAGGCAGCCGCGGCUAGUGAUCGGAGUGCGUGAGCCGCCGACCACGUUGGGUGCCACGGACACGACCGACUCAUGGCCGCUGGCGUUCGCCGAGCAGGGCAAGGCGCAAGAUCUGGCUCGCCGUGCGGCGAACUGGCUGAGCAACCGGCGCCUCGAUGGACUCGCCUUCCUCGAGCAGCGCCUGGACCCGGGACGCAUAGACGCCUACGUCACCAUACUCAAGGAGAUCCGGACGGCGUUCUCGGGCAAGCUGCUUCUCCUGUUCAGCAUCUUCUGGCUGUACGACAUGGAUAACAGGGUGAAGAGCCUCUUUCUGGAGCGCCGCAUCAAAGAACUCAUCAAACUCACGGACUUCACUCUUCUGGAGACGCACGUACCACCACACAAGGAAGGCGAGUGCGUCACCUUCUUGCCGAACUCCUUCAGCCGCACACCCGAAAGCAAUCGCAAGACGUUCACUAUGAACGCUGUGCUUGCGUGGAUGGACCGCGCGGCGUCCCAGGUGGAUCAGGGCUCGGUAUGCUUCACGCUGACUCUGGCGGUGAUGCGGUUCCUGCUGCCGUUGGAGCACACGGGCUUCGGAGAGACAUGCCAGGACUUCUACCCAGUCUCGUACAUGCAGGCGAGUACGCUGGAGCCACCGUAG